AUUUUAGGAGUGGCUCAGUCGGUUUCGGGCCGUUCGAGGAGGUAAAUGGACCGGGUCGUCUCGAAGGAUUGGCUUUGUAAACAGCUCCGCGCCAACCCGUCAAGGCUCAUCCUCCUCGACUGCAGGAGCUCGAACGAGUACGGGGAAGGGCGGAUAAGGCAAGCUGUGAACCUGAGCAUCCCGAGCAUAAUGCUCAGGCGUCUCGCCGCUGGCAAGAUCGACCUCGCGUCCACGAUCAAGUGCAGGAGGCUCAAAGAGAGGAUACUCGGAUCGGUCAAAGACAACGUUUUCGUCCUAUACGACGACGGGAGGGACAGGUCCGAAUCGGUCAACAUACUCACAAAGAGGCUCCUUCAAGAUGGCUCCAACGUCUUUUACCUCCAAGACGGUUUUUCUCAGUUCCGUUCUUGCUACCCCGAGUGGUGCGAGACGGUCGACGAUUCCCUGACGUCGGCCGACCCGGAUCUUCCGCUGAUGGGGCUUAGGUCGCUCCGGAUCUCAAACUACGGUGCUAAUAGGUGUUCUAAGGGUCGAGAGAAGUGCAGAUGCGACGUGCCGUGCGAUUCAGGUGCCAUACUCGAGGACGACGCCCUGGUCGAGAUCCUUCCCCACCUGUUCCUCGGGAACGCUGCCAACUCUGAAGACCUGGAGACACUGACGAAGCACAAUAUCAAGUACAUACUCAACGUGACUCAGAACCUGCCAAACGUCUUCGAAGCCUCUGGAGAUAUCAAGUACAUGAAGAUACCUAUAACGGACCACUGGAGCCAGAACCUCGCGGUCCAUUUUCCCAAGGCGAUCGAAUUCAUCGACGAGGCUAGGAGCCAGGAGAAAGGGGUCCUCGUCCACUGCGUCGCCGGUGUGUCCAGGUCCGUGACUGUGACCCUCGCCUACCUCAUGGGGAAGCACGGCCUCUCUAUGAAUGACGCCUUCGUCUGGGUCCGGGACCGGAAGCCGAACAUAGCUCCCAAUUUCCACUUCAUGGAGGAGCUGGCCAGGUUCGAACGGGAGGUGCACAAGCCUUCGGGGGCGGCGAGCCCUCCCGAGGAGACUCGGGGGCAGAACGAGCCGACCACCUUCCUGUCACCCCUCAACCUCGGCCAGAGCCCGGAUUCGGGGAUCGAGUUCGAUAGGUGGACACCGAACACGGGCGAAUGACACGAGGUUUACAAGUUCUAAGACGGGGCCGAGACGCACAGCAAAGUCCUCAUCCUAGAAUGGUUGCCCCAGCAGCACAAAUUGUUCUGUUGUUGGUUUUUUUGCCCCCAAAAGCAAAAUUUCACAAAGGUUUUCCAAGGGGUUCGUCGUGGGCAUUAAAAAACAUAUUUUUAAGUUUACCUUUAUUUUGUGUAUUAUAUAUUUUAAAAAUUUUUUUAUCCUGUACAUAAAUGUUAAAAAAAUCAAUAUAUAAACGUAGUUUAAUUGGUUGAUCGUUAACGAAUUGAUUUUUUAUAGAUUAAAAAAAAUAUAUCCAUAAACAAUUUUUUAAUCUUCUAGAAAGACUUUAAUUCUAGUCCGAUCUUUUAAACAUAAAACACAAAUAUAAUAUAAAAUGUUAAUAGCUUUAAUUGAUUUUUAUUUUCGUUUUGUGCGUGAUCUCAAAAAAUCCACUAGAGUCUUCUAAAACAAAGACCGUUUCAAUUCCCCCCCACAAAUAUAAUUAAAUAAAUUUAAAAAAAUUGUGCCAUAUUAAAAAGAGAAAAACCUUCCGAUAGAAAAGUCAAAAAACAGUCUUUCAAUUUUUUUAAAAUUAGAUGUACAAACAAAUUUUAAGAAAAUAAAAUUUUCCCUGUCCGCAUGCGUUAAGCUAAAAAUAUAUAUAUUCUAUACAAAUUAUUAAAAAAAUAAUAUAUUAAAAAUUAAAAUAGUUAUAUUGUGUAUAAAUGGUACAUAAAGAAAUUAGUCUCGAUUUGAGAGAAUCCUGAUAAUUUGUGGCUUUUUCUUGAGCUCCUGACAAUAUUGAUUUGACUAAUUUUGCUUCCCCAGGUAUUCCUAAUCCUGGUACUCUGUCGCUUUUUUGAGCUCCUGUCAAACUUGUGCAGGGUAUGUUUCCCAACUAAGGAAAUCCUGAUAUAUUUGGUCCGUCUUGAGCUCGUGCCGAAUUUGUACAGUUAAAUUCCCAAGUCUUCAAAAUCCUGAUACUCCGAAUCUUUUUGGAGCUCCUUUCAACCCCACAGCUUCGAAAAACCUGAUACUUUCUGAAUUUUUUGAGCUCCAGUCAAACUUGCACAUGUUAUAUUUUAUAUUUAUGGAAAUCCUGAUAUAGUCGCUCCUUCUUGGGCUCCUGCCGAAUUUGUACAGGAUAAAUGUCCAAGUCUUCAUAAUCCUGAUAAUAUCUUCUUUUGGACCUUCGGUCUUCGCCACAGCUUCGAAAAUCCUGAUACUUUCUGACUUUUUUGAGCUCCUGUCAAACUUGUACAGGUUAUUUUUCCCAGCUAAGUAAAUCCUGAUAAAUUUUUUUUGUCGAGCUCCUGUCAACAGGACAGCCUCAAAAAUCCUUAUAUUUUCUGCCUUUUUUGAGCUCUUGUCAAACUUGUGCAGGGUAUGUUUCCCAACUAAGGAUCCUGAUACUCUUGGUCCGUCUUGAGAUCCUGCCGAAUUUGUACAGGAUAAAUAUCCAAGUCUUCAAAAUCCUGAUACUGUCUCCUUUUGAAGCUUCUGCCAACGCCAGAGCCUCGGAAAUCCUGAUACUUUCUGCCCUUUUUCAAAUUUGUACAGGUUAUGUUUUUCACUUAAGGAAAAUCCUGAUACAUUUUGUCUGCUAUGAGCUCCUGUUAAUGGCACAGCCUCGAAUAUCCGGUAAUUUUUCCUCUUCGAGCUCCUGUCCAACUUGGACAGGUUACGUUUGCCAGGUUUUCUAAAUUCAGUUACAUUUUGUCUGUAUAGAGCUCCUGUCGAAAAUGUACAGGUUAGACAGAAGACUAUCAAAAAUCCUUUCUGUCACAGUUAAGCUCUCGUCAAACUUUGGACAGCUUCAACCCUAAUUUCCUACUCGUGAAAACCUUGAUACAUUUGGUCUGCCUUGAGCUCUUGUUAAACUUGGUUAAGUUUCCCAGACUUGAAAAUACUCUCUCUUUUUGGAGCUCAUGUCGAAAAUGAAAUGUUUUAGCGUCCUUGCCUUUUUUUAAUCCUGGUACAUAUCUUGUUUGUCGAGCUUCUGUCCAUAUACACAGGUUAAACAGUACAGCCUUCCAAAUCCUGAUAGUUUGUCUCUUUUUAGAACUCCUGUAGAAAACGUAAUGGUACAAUUUCCCAGGCUUUUCUAAUCCUGACAUAUUUUGUGAUUCUUGAGCUCCAGCCAAAUGUUUACAUGUUAAACAGUCCAGUUUUCUGAAUCCUGAUACAUUUUCACUUCGCUGAGCUCCUGCCGAAAAUGUCCAGGUCAACUGACCCUACCUUGCAAUCCUGUUACUAUUUUUGAGCUCCUAACGAAAAAAAACGGCAACAAAUGUAUAUUGUAUUAAAAAAACCCUGUAAAAGGUAACUUUAAAAUAAAAGUCUCUCUUUAUCGAGUAAAAAAAAUUAAUAAAAAUAUAAUUAUAAAAAUUAAAAAAAAAACAUUUAAAAAAAAACAGAAGAAACAGAAAGAGUUGUAACAAUGUCUUCUUUAGGAAAGUGAAUAAAAUAGGUUAAAAAAA